AUGAUCACAAAUCGCCCCGCUACUCUGGCCGAUAUCCCACAAGUUCGGGAUAUCAACCACUGGUACAUUGUUAACAGCUGUUCCACUUUUGCGACUACCCCACCACCGAUAUCCCACUAUGAGGACAUCCUCCGGGAUUUGAUGAGAAGAAACCUUCCAUUUUAUGUCGUCGUGUCUGAUACGCGGAAGACACCAGAUGGAGCAGAUUUAAUUCUUGGUUACGCGUAUUUGUCUCCUUUCCGUGGUCAUUUACUGUCCUAUGCACCGUCCGUUGAGGUGUCGAUCUUCAUGCGCUAUGACCAGCAGCAAUAUGGCUAUGGAACAAUUAUUCUUAGAAGGCUCUUGCGCCUGGUACAGGAGGGUGAAGUUGAACAUCACUGUGAGGAAAGAGUGGGCGAUAUUCCACGGAUUGGAUUUGGUAGCUCUGUGGGUGUUAUGAAGACUUCUCUUGUUCAGAAUAUCAUUGCGAUCAUACCGUAUGACACUGAGGCUCCCACUGAUGGGGAGAGACUGCGGAAAUGGUACAUGAAAUGGGGGUUUGUGGAGAAAGGGCAGUUGGAAAACGUUGGGAGAAAGAUGGGUCAUUGGAUUGAUACUGUCUAUCUUCAAUGGACAAUGCCAGAGCCAACAGACAGUGUGUAA